CUGGAGGAGCUGACGUUCAGCGCAGAAAGAAUAGAAAUAUUCUACAGCAGCUAUCAGAAACACAAGAAAGAACUGGAGCGUCUGUUGGCCAGUUUAGGAAGACGUCCCGCUCAGAUUAAUGAUGUUUCGUGGCGCCUCCAAUACAACACUAAGAACAAACAGCUGGAUAAAGUCAACCAGCCUUUCUACCUGAUUUCACUCAACACUGAGGGUCCAGGAGCCUCAGAGGAGCUCAGCUUCACCUGCACCACGGAGCAGCUGCAGGAUCUGGUGGGGAAGUUAAAGGACGCAGCCAAGAGUUUGGACAGAGCCAGCCAGAUGUGACGCAGCAACAACAGCUCCUCUUUGUUUAUUUUUAUUUUUUUAUAGUCCUGUGAUUUCCUGUUCAUGUUUUUUUUCCCACUUUGCAAAAUAAAACUUGUAUGAAGAAGUAAAAA